UAAAGUAAAAAAGAGGGGGUGGAAAACUCCACCAUCUGCAACAUAUUCUAUCUGAAAGCCAAAAUUUUGAAAACUGCAUGUCAGAAUAUCCCGUGUGACCCACACAGUUUGAAAAACCACAAAAUCACCCCAUCUUUAACUCUUCUCAGCGCGCGGAACGUCGAUUGGGAAACAGUGGUUAAUUUCAAAAAGUUCAAAACCUCCUCCCGGAAAUUCUUAAGCCCUGACGUCCGAAGUUUAAGUUUGAGCUAAUUAAUCAUGGCGAAUCUUCCAAUUACCCAGUUUGAAGAGAAGAUUAUAGAAACAGUAGAGCAGAAUCCGGUGGUGGUUAUAAUUGGAGAGACGGGUUCGGGCAAGAGCACACAGCUUUCUCAGAUACUUCACCGAAAUGGCUACUCUAAAUCCGGAAUUAUCGGUGUCACUCAGCCUCGCCGUGUUGCCGCAGUCUCUGUCGCAAGACGAGUUGCGCAGGAGCUUGGUGUACAGCUUGGGCAGGAAGUGGGUUAUGCAAUAAGAUUUGAGGAUAGAACUUCGGGAAGGACCCUUAUUAAGUAUCUUACAGAUGGAGUCCUGCUCCGUGAAAGCCUCUCUAACCCAGAGCUUAAUCAGUAUUCAGUAAUCAUAUUGGAUGAAGCUCAUGAGAGGAGUCUGAACACGGACAUAUUGUUGGGACUGGUGAAACGCUUGGUUAAGAUGCGAGCAUCCAAUUUGAAAAUUUUGAUCACAUCAGCUACUCUUGAUGGUGAAAAAGUAUCUAAAUUCUUUUCGAAUUGCCCCAUACUGAAUGUCCCUGGAAAGUUGUACCCUGUGGAGAUAUUAUACAGCACAGAGCGCCCUAAAAACUAUAUUGAUUCUUGUUUGAAAACCGCUAUUGAUAUACAUGUUAAGGAACCAGAAGGUGAUGUUUUGAUAUUCAUGACUGGACAGGAUGAUAUUGAAAAAUUGGUAUUGAAGUUGGAGGACAAAGUUCGAAGCCUGGAGGAAGGAUCUUGUAUGGAUGCGAUAGUCCUUCCACUUCAUGGUUCUUUGCCACCUGAAAUGCAGGUGCGCGUUUUUAGUCCUCCUCCCCCAAAUUGUCGGCGUUUUAUUGUUUCCACUAAUAUCGCUGAAACUUCCUUGACUGUCGAUGGUGUAGUAUAUGUUAUUGAUGCUGGUUAUGUGAAGCAACGACAAUACAACCCAUCAACCGGCAUGUAUUCCCUUGAUGUAGUUCAAAUUAGCAAAGUGCAAGCUAAUCAGCGUGCAGGACGGGCUGGAAGAACACGUCCUGGGAAGUGUUACCGCUUGUACCCCUCCAAGGUGUACCAAGAUGAAUUUUUUGAUGUAACAGUGCCUGAAAUACAGCGCUCUUCUCUUGCUGGCAGUGUACUAUAUUUGAAAUCAUUGGAUCUUUCUGAUAUCAAUAUUCUCAAGUUUGAUUUUCUUGAUCCCCCUUCCUCUGAAUCAUUAGAAGAUGCCCUAAAGCAAUUAUAUCUUAUUGAUGCUAUUGAUGAAAAUGGGUCCAUUACAAGUGUUGGAAGAACAAUGGCUGAGCUUCCAUUGGAACCUUCUCUUUCAAGAACCUUGAUUGAGGCGAAUGAAUACAAUUGCUUAUCUCAGGCUUUAACCAUUGCUGCUAUGUUAUCAGCAGAAACUACAUUGCUCGGUACUCGAAGCAAUAGGACUGAGAAAAAGAGGAAACAUACUCCCAGGGAUCUUCCUGAUGGUUCUGGUUUGGGAGAUCACAUCCAGUUGCUACAGAUUUAUGAGCGUUGGGAUGAAAUUGAUUAUGAUGUCGAGUGGUGCAGAGAUAAUGACUUGCAGGUGAGAGGAAUGAAGUUUGUUAAAGAUGUUUGGAAACAACUAUCUCAGAUAAUGCAAAAAAUAGCUAAAGGAUCCUUAGAUGUGCAAGCAAAUAAAAGAUGGAAAGGAAGACAACAGGAUUAUAGGAAUUUGAGGAAGGCUUUGUGUGUCGGCUAUGCCAACCAGCUUGCUGAGAGAAUGAUUCAUCACAACGGCUAUCGAACUAUAAGUUUUAAGCCCCAACUGGUUCAGGUGCAUCCAUCCUCUGUGCUAAGAACGGAUGAAGAAGGAAUGUUGGCAAAUUAUGUUGUGUACCAUGAGCUCAUUUCUACCUCACGUCCAUAUAUGCGCAAUGUGUGUGCUGUGGAAAUGCCAUGGGUCACUCCCAUUUUAAAGAAGCUUGAGAAACUAGAUAUAAACAAACUGAGUGGUGGAUUAAGUCAUACUGGAGAGGGAACUGAGGAAACACUUGUGGAUGCGCCAAAAAAAGAGUUUGAUGUUGCCGGGCUUUCUAAUGAUCGUGACAGUAAAAUUCAGGCAGCUAGGGAGCGUUUUCUUGCCCGUAAAGCAAAUAAAUGAGCCAAGAUAUCAAAUUUUUCUUCAAUGAAGUAGUUGGGAAAUGUCACUGCAGGAUUCAGUUCUCUGUGUUUCUUGGAAGCAAGUUAGUUGGGAAGGUCUGCAAAAUUGAAUGAAAGCUGCAGGCAUUGGGACCUUAAUUAAAGGGAGCAUUUGUGUUGAAAUUUAAUUGUUUCCGACCCUAGGGAGCCCAUGCUGAUUAGUUUCCUCAUGAAAGCCUCUAACAGUGAUAUAGCUUCAACUGAAAGGGAACUAAGCCUCACUCUCAAUGCGUCAAUGUGGCAAUGUGACUUGUACUAUUAUAAAGUUAUUUUUUCUUUACAAUUAGUAAGUAUAAUACCAUUUGCGCUCUCACCAUAUUCAAACUA